CGCACAGUUCACCACAUCAGGCAUCUUCAUCGCAUCCGACGAGGAUCCCCCAUUUUGCCUCGAUAACGCCGCUGUCGCGAUUCAUUUAGCAGCAGACCUCCAGCUGAUUGAUGCAUAUGUACACGGAACCCUCGUACGAACCCGAGCCUGCGUUUCACGACAUCAUCAAUUUGCCCCAGCCGAUAAUUUUGAACCCCGUCGCAGUGACGAAUAUUCACCCUUUUUGAGCAAAUCGUCCCCCCCAACCUAGCCGCUGCCCGGGUUGCUGAAAUACAGUGCUUGCUUUCCAAAGCUUGAUGUUGUAAGGAGCACGUCGACACACGCGUCGGUCGAACGUGUAUACUAGACGGUGUGAGGUGGCCUACGCGCCUUGCCGCCCUUGCAAUGAGUCAAUAUGGAUCUGGUUUUGGCCCUCCCCAGGGUUACCAACCGCCGGACGCCUAUUCGCACGCGCCGCCGCCUGCGUAUACUGCACCGCCAUAUCAGUCGAGCGAAACCGCCCAAACCCAACACCCUGGACAUGGAAGGGUUACUCUGGAAUCGUAUGAGUAUAACCGUCAGGCGAUACCAGGCUUGGGCUUAAACUUUUCCAACAAUGCUGUGAAUUGGCAGCAAGCUUGGGCGAAUGGAGCACCACAACCUGAGGCGGAACGACCACAAGCAGGACCGACCGAGCGCAUCCCGACCAUCGAACACGUCGUGAGAAGUCCGCCGGCAAUCCAAACAAGGCUGACGGCUAACCGAGUCGCCGACAAUACUGCGGAAGAAGGGGAAUUGAGUGAAGGAGAGUUGGAAGAUAUUUACGAACCUGGCCAAGUGGAAGAGCAGGCAAGUGGUCGCCCUCCUUCAAAUGGCCUACCUCUCCUGCCCACUGCCUCUUCUCUGCGCCACCCUGGUGAGGUUCCUUCACAGCCACAAACUUAUCGUGCAGUUGGGAAGGAAGCCUCGACUGCACGAUACUGGGACCCAGAGCAAUCAGCACGAGAGCGAUCUGGUUCAUAUUCCCCGUAUCUUUCCCCACGAGAGAUUCACUCUAACGAUCAAGCAAACUCGCCAUCAGAUGGUAUUGAUACCCCACGAAGUCAGAUGAAUGAGGACAGAGUCGAGAUUUCCGUGUCAACCAAAUCCAUGCACGUGGACCAGACCGAACGGCAACCCGGCUUGAUGGAGGAAUCAACCAACAGAUCCAUCGACGAGGCCAAAAGACGAGCUCAAGACGCAAUUCUCCGUCUUUGGCCACUGAAUAUUCGGUACCAGAACUACCUCGAUGAAGGGAUUGACAGGCAACUCCUCGACGGCCUCUUUACGGAAUUGGGUCUCGAUUCAACCAGAACGAAAGCUAUCGCAGAACUUCCCACCACGUCCCCACCGAUACAGCGUAAAGAGCCCCCGAAGGAAAUUCCCCAUGUGCAAGAUGACGGAAAAGAAUCCGAUCAUGCGAAUGGGCACUUGGACAGGGCUACAAAGCCAAAGGACAAGUCCGAGGAGCGGAAGGAUCGAAUUGCACGGCUGUUAGCGGCCAAGGGAUCGAAGUCCGCCGUUGCCAUUCCCGAAGUCGCCGUCCCCGGAGUUGCUGUCCCCGAAAUCACUACUGUACGGGUUCCACCUACGGCCCCCAGUGCUAUGUUGCCGAAUAAGACGCAAUCGGAGAAGUCGAAAUUAAUCCAGCAAAAAAUGGAAGCUCUAAAGAAGUCUCGGGCGAACAAAACCGCUCACACCGAGGGCUCUGCCACACCCGCUACUGACAACAACGUCGUGAAACCUCCAGCGCUAUCAAGCGCACCUGGUUUGGACAAUGUACCUGGGCCUUCUGCCUCGGCUAUCAUGGUCGAUCAACCUCCUGCAACGUUGGAAAGGUCCGAGUCCCACGGUGCUCCUUCGAUUCCAGGACUAUUUUUAUCAUCUACGCCCCAGGCAUCUCCGGUCGUCAAUCAACGCAAACGACCUGUCGCUGCUGAUUUAAACGAGAACUCAGCCUCCAACGCUCAUAAACGUCCGUUCGGCCAAAACAGAGAGUCGCGACCAUUUCUUAUCGAUGUCAGCGAUGACGAAGAUGAUGCUGAAAUGGAGAUCGACUCCCCUGAACUGCGACCUUCUUCAAUUCACCGUCCCACCACCCCCACUGAGAAAACGGCAUCAUUUCGCGACCAUCCCGCGCUCUCAGACAACUUAUCCCAUCGGCAGUUAUCUAGCCCUAAAGCCGUGAGCACGCCGACUGGUCAGGGUAGUAGUGGAAGCAGCAUGUAUGAUUUGGAGAGCAUGAACAAGAAAAUUGAGGACAUGAAGCGCAAAAUCGCGGAAGCCGAAGCCCGUAAGAAGGCAAAGCUGUCAAGCAACGGGACCCCUUCUGUCCCUCAAUCACAGGUCCAAUCCAAGGAGGGAAGUGUGGAUACAACACAUAUCGCAUUGCCGACACCUGGAGUGAUGACACCGUCAGGGACAGACGCUGAAGAGGACGGGCGGUCAACCCCAUUGCCUUCUCAACCAACACCAGAACAAUCAAGGAAGUUGGGGAAAGUACGGGGGCAAAAAGGACAGACCAAAUCUCCUCUGCGCUCUCGUGCGGCCAGCGCACGGUUGCCAGUUCUUGAAGCUUAUCGAAGCGAACAGACCCGGCAGCUAAAACACUUGCAAUCCGAAGUCGCUAGAAUCGAAAAAGAGAUUCAAGCUAGUUUGCAAGAAGAAGAGCGGCUGCGAGAAGAAGUCAUCGAGUCAGAGCCAGAUGCGGAAUCACAGGAUGAUUCUGAAUUAGAGGACUUGUCAACUGAGCCACAUAUCGGGCCCCAGUCCACGGACUCCCAUCUCGAACAUUCCAUAGAAACGAUCAACCGCGUUUUGCCAACGAACGAAAAGUUGGAGAGCCAUGGAUCGUCCAGCAGGGAGAACCCCAAUGUGUCGACCGAUGCAAGAACCCAUGAUCAAGUUGUUGACGUCACAGGCGGCCAAGGAAUCGACGAGGAGACCGGUUACAUGCGACAUGAUAGUGUUGCUGACUAUACCGCUGCCUCCCCAGAAGAUGCCCUGGCCCCUGUAGAUGGCACUUCGGCCGCUGGGGAAGAUGCCCAAUCAGGCGAGAUAUCCUCGGACCCGGAGACCGACGUUGCCAUGGAAGAGGAUGCCGAUUCGAGUAGCGAAGAGGAUAACGGAGGGUCAUUGGAUGGCUACGAGCCAACCGUGGCGGGUGUUGAGAUCCCCAACGCUCAGUCCCCUGCAAAGUCGGCCUCCUGGAGUCCUCCCCCUCCAGGUGAAGAUGCCGUUCUGGAGACUAGUGAUACUGACUUACAGGGUGUUUCCGCAACCUCGCCUGUUACUCAACCAAUCUCAGCAGCUGAUGGAGGCUCGGCCUCGGUGUCUGAGUCUGGCAGAGAAGUAGACCUACUCCACAACGAAGAGUUGACUCGUACCCUGACAUUGAAGCAGGUUGAACAGGCAACAGAGGUCUCGGACUCUGGAGCCUCCAAGUCCACGUUUGCCCCGUACGAAACGCCUCUUCAAUACUUCCGCGCAUACCGAUUUCACCCCAAGUUCAAAGAUUCUAUUGCUGGGGGGCUUCGUUCGUUAACCUACAGCAAUAAGAUCGAUGUCAAGAGGGAAGUAUGCCCAGAUCAACUUGCUGGAGCUGUUUGCCCGAGAGGCAAUCAGUGCGAGUUCCAGCACUUUGAAAACAUGAAAGCGCCGGAUGACCAGAUUCUGCUUCAACUUGGCGCCUAUGGUAACUACGAAGGAGAGCAGAAGCAGAAGUACAUUACUGGGCUUCGAGAUUUACUCACUGGAUUCCGCAAUCGGAAGAUUAAGGACUUCCAGGCCAUCAGCGAGGGAAUCAUCGAGUAUCGAGCCCAAUUCCACGGCGACAAGACGAAGAUCCUCCCCUUGGGCAGCGUCUCCAUCUGACCGUCAGGCAGAUGUCAUGUCUCUUGACCGAAGCCUUUCCCCCUUUUCGUAAUCCCAGCCCGUCCAUAACUCGUAUGAUCCAUACCAUCCACGGCCGUUGCACAUACCCGGUCGACUGGUGGUCAUUAGUUUGUUGCACGGCUCGUGAGCAUAGCGUCUUCAUUUUAUCUCUCAUCUAGCAUUUACUGCCCCCUUUGGCGAGUUCCUUUACAGCAUACGAUACCCUCUUGUGUCAUCUUUUCUGGUGGCCUUUCUUUGCAUUCUUGCAGUAGCCUGGCGUGGGUGGAGGGCAGAUUCAUGGCCGGAGCAUGGUGGGAAAUAAGUGGAAAAAAAAGAGAGAGCAAGGAGAGAGGAGCCAUUCCUGCUUGAAAAAGAAAUCAACUGACUUGUUGAUGGAGUUGCUUCUUUACGCAUCAAGGAACCGGACGGUUCUAGCGCAAAGCUGAUGUAAGAGGUAGAUAGGUGUGUGAAUAUACUUGAUCUGGAUUCAA